UGUUGUAUCGCGGUUGAUUGUCUGAUAUUGCUCCAAUAGGUGAUUCUCGAAAUAUUUUUUUUAGGGCAGAGUAAAGGUACACAACCUGCCAAUUGAGCCUGGGGCGCAGUGCAAUGGUGAAUGUUGAUUCUUGGAAAACGUCAAGCCUACUCUGGUUGAGCUGUGCGCGCCGCCUGACGCUCGGAUGGUUGCCUAGUCGUUAAGGGAACACUGAAACUGCAGUGCGGAGAAAAUGUAACAGUAGGAGGAGAAGUAGAGCUUAUGUGCCCGGGGACUUCUGUUAGUUGCGAUGGAGAGGAUGUGCCUUUUGGAAUUAUAUCUAAGGAAAACAUAUUGGAAACAGAACGAGUCCCGCCCUGUUGUAGCAGUAAGGUAAAUGGCUGAAUCAAGUUGGGAGCUGCUGUGCCUCUGUCUGGCCGACCAAUGCAGUGUGUAGGGACAGCCGCCCAGCCAGACGAAAACAUGAACGGAGCGGGGGAGCAGGUGGACAUCCUGUCUCCCAACUGCAUGGUAAAGGACCGAUGGAAAGUGCUGAAGAAGAUCGGUGGGGGAGGUUUUGGGGAGAUCUAUGAAGCGUUGGACCUGUUGACAAGGGAGAAUGUGGCUCUGAAGGUAGAGUCAGCCCAGCAGCCUAAACAGGUUCUCAAGAUGGAGGUGGCCGUCCUCAAGAAACUGCAAGGAAAAAAUCAUGUAUGUAAAUUCAUCGGAUGUGGAAGGAACGAGAAGUUUAACUAUGUGGUCAUGCAACUUCAGCAAGGGAGAAACCUAGCGGACCUGAGGAGGAGUCAGCCUCGCGGCACCUUCACCAUGAGCACCACUUUACGCCUGGGCAAACAGAUUCUGGAGUCCAUAGAGGCCAUCCACUCUGUGGGCUUCCUGCACAGAGACAUCAAGCCUUCAAACUUUGCCAUGGGUCGACUCCCCUCCACCUAUAGAAAGUGCUUUAUGUUAGACUUUGGCCUAUCUCGCCAGUACACCAACACUACCGGAGAGGUUCGACCGCCCAGAACUGUGGCGGGAUUUCGGGGAACUGUUCGUUAUGCAUCAGUAAAUGCUCAUAAAAACAAAGAAAUGGGUCGCCAUGACGAUCUAUGGUCGCUAUUUUACAUGUUGGUAGAGUUUGCAGUCGGUCAGUUACCAUGGAGAAAAAUUAAAGAUAAGGAGCAAGUGGGUCAGAUUAAAGAGCGCUACGACCACAGAAUGCUGCUCAAACACAUGCCUUCUGAGUUUUAUAUCUUCCUGGAUCAUGUUUUAGGCCUUGACUACUUCACCAAGCCAGAUUACCAGUUGCUGAUGUCGGUCUUUGAGAACAGUAUGAAGGAACACAUCAUCACAGAGAAUGAGCCUUUUGAUUGGGAGAAGGGAGGGACGGAUGGAGUGCCUCUGUCCACCAGUACAUCAACGCCCCCUCAACAGAACACACGACAGACUCCCGCCAUGAUCGGGGUGGUGAACGUGACUCUGGUUCCUGGGGAUCUGCCGAGGGAGAACACAGAUGACGUUCUAAAAGACGAGCACCUGAGUGACCAGGAGAACGCGCCACCUGCAGUACCCAGCAGGCCUUGCGAGGGGACACCUCCCCAGAUGGAAGGCGAGGCAUGGAACGACACUGACUUAAACCGCAACCAACUCAGGAUCAGCAUCAGCAAGGGGCAGUUGGCUGCGGAGGAAGAUGAGCCUGCUAGAGGGGCGUGUACUGAUGCCCCCGUGGGUGGAGCUCCCCCAGAAAUGACUGGUGCUCAGGUCUGCGCUCUGCGGUACCGGAGGAUCAACAGCCCAGAGUCAGACCGUCUGUCCGCCGCAGACGGGAGACCAGACGUCUACGACAAACGAGGGUCUCGUAUGGACAUCCUGGGAUCCCCGUCCCGCCACGUGCAGUCCUCCCAGCCGGCCCAGAUGCACUCCCUGGAGGGAGGAGGUGGGGACCGGCAGGGUGGCGGUGGGAGACCAGGCCAGGAGGUCUCCGUAGCCUCCGUGGCCGACCCCGAGGCCCACAGUAACGCAUUCAUCCGGUCUGUACCACUCGCCGAGGAGGAAGACUUUGACAGCAAGGAGUGGGUGAUCAUCGACAAGGAGACUGAACUCCAGGACUUCCUGGGUCUCCUGGCCCCGGGGGCUGAGCCCACCACCUCGGGGCCCACCACCGACGAGGAGCCUGAGGAGCUGAGGCCCCUGGACGAAAUGGAGGAGCGGCGGAGGUUACGGGGAGUUGGAGGUGGAGAGGUGGUGGUGAGGCCUAAGAUGCGAGCAGGAGGCAUUGGGGCGCUGCCGGAAGGGGAGGGGUCUAAUGGGGCCAGUCCUGGGUACCCAGGUUAUCACACUCUGCCUCAUAGCCGCGGACACAGACCACGGCCACAGUCGGAGCACUGUGGAGCUCACGGACAGGCCCUGGAGCAGAUCAGCCCAUACCAGGGUGGCAGUGUGGAGGACCUCAACCUCCAGGGUGUAGAGAGAGAGAGGCCUGACCUUCCCAUGCUGGCCCAGCAUCGCUUUCGACGGGUAGACUUCCUCUCUGCCAUGCUCACCGGCGCCGUCACCCUUCCGCCUCUCCAAACCUCCUUUGAGGUUGAUUCCGGAACCCGUGUUGAGCAGGAUCAGGAUGGGGAUGUGGAUGCCGCUAGGGCUGGGGCUGGGGCAGUGUCCAGCGGUGAUGGGAGCUCCAAGAGCAGCGAGCACAGCCAGGAGGGUGAUGAUGGAGCUCCCUCUACUCUCCUUGCAGACGAGCCUCCUCGGGACUACCCUCGCCGGGCCUCUGCAGGAGUGGGGUUUGGUGGUGAUCUGGACCUGGAGCUGGAGGAAGGCUCCAAGACCCUGGUGCUCUUCUCCCCUGGAGACGUGAGGAGGUCCCUUGCCGUAGUGGGCGAUCUGCCCCCGGACGAUGCCGGGAGCCACCAGGGGACCCUGGCAGCCAUCACACCCCAGUGCGAGAGAGCUCUGGGACCUCUGGGAAGCCUGCUGGACAUGUCUAAGCCAGGUACUUUGUCCUCCCAGCUGAAGUCCGAGCCCAAACCAUCUUUGACGGCCGUCACCGCCAUCCUGGUCAAUGUGGCGCCCAAUGUUGUUGCUCCCACCAGCACCUCCCCUCCUUUCACCAAAGUAGAGCGGACAUUCGUCCACAUUGCAGAGACCACCCACCAUAAUGUGAUGAGCUCCUCAGGGACUCUGCAGCUCAGGCUGCUGCUCCCCGGGCUGGUUGAGGAGCCCACAGCCAAACAGGAGGACCGCUCGGAGGAAGAGAAACAGGAGGAUGUCUCCGGUGGAGAGAAAGAGAGGGGCAGGGAGAGCAGAUCCGAUGUGGACCGUUCAGAUAAAGAUGUUGAGAAGGAGAGGGAGAGUGGAUCUGAGGGUGAGGUUCCAAACAGAGACAGUGAAGAGGGGAGGGAGAGUGGAUCUGAAGGUGAGUUCCAAAAGACCUACGACGUACAGAGGAGGGAGAGUGGAUCAGAAAGCAAUUUCUUUGAGAAAGAGGAGGAGGGGGACAAAGUGAGCAGGUUUGAGGAGGAGGAGGAGGAGGACGACAGAGAGAGUAGGUUCAAGGAGGAAGUUCCAGAGAGAGAAAUCCCAGGUUUCCCAGAGAGAUACAACAAGGCUAAGGAGGAGGAAGAGGAUGUUGCAAAGAAAGCGAUUGAGGAGUUAAUUCCUCCAGAAAAAGAGAUGGAAGAAGAGCCAGAACUUUGGGACGAGGUCCAGCCAGCGAUCCAGCCAAACCUCUCCUCUCCUGUUCUCGGUCCUCCAGAAGAACCUGAAGCCCAGGAUAUCCUGGUCAUUUCAAUAGAAACCAAGUUAGACUCUGAACAAGAGGACGCCCCUAUUGCCGUUUCCCCUGAGAUGGAGCCUGCCCAAGACAUGAUGUUAACAGAGAAGGAGAGCCACGUCCAGCUUGAACAAAACAAUGAUGCUUCUCCACAGGAGGAACCCAAGGACCCUGGUGAUCCAGAAACAUUGGCAGUGCACCAGAAGGAGAGCAAAAAAUGGGCAGAGGCCAGUAAACAGACCAGGCCUCGAAAACUGAGCCGAAUCCCAGUUCUCUCCCGAUCUGAGGAGGACACCAGCUCGGACCAGGACCAGUCGGCGGAGUCCCAGUCAUUCAAGUCUCGUCAGAGGGCCAAGCGACCUUACCUAGCCCGGCUGGUCAUGGAAAGGAGGCAAGGUCGCAUGCUAAGACUGGCUUCUGUUUCCUCAGCUUCCUCUGCGGAAGAUGGCUGUAAAGUUCCAGCAGAGACCCAUGAUGAGGACAACUCUCUGCCCAGGAAGGAGAGGGGAGUUGGGAGGGAGAGGGGUGGGGGGCGUCAAAGGAGCAGGAUACCCCGUCCUGUCACACCUGUUAAGCUGCAGGGAUCCUCUGUUACACCGUCUCAUGCUGUCUCCCAAACUGGCCCCAAUGCUAUUGUCCACAAGCCACAACUUUCAACUAUAUAUAAUAGGCAUCAAUCUCACAAACCCAGGACCCCAAGCAUGAACGUUCCACUGCAUCAGAGGUCCCAGACUCUGCAAUCCCGACCUGGACCCGGGGCCGACUCCUCCCCCUUAUCCUCCACCCCCCGGACCCCCUUGCGUGGGGUCAUCUCCCGAGCCACUCUCUCUGCAUGCCCCUCCCCCCGUAGCCUCAGCACCUCCCCCUGUUGCUACUCUACCUCCCGGACCGACAGCCCCUCCCCUCAGCGCCCACGCCGGGGGGCUGCAGUUACAGAGGUCCGGAGGCAGCUCAUAUCCGUGCGGGCGCAGACCGCACUUCCGCUAAAACCCAGACCGCCUCAAACCGAUGAUUCCUCAGCCCCUGGGACACCCAGGAGGCGAGGCAAACUUUACCCUUUGUCAUCUACAUCCACACUCAGACCCACACCCACCAAGGGGAAGUCAGAUGCUUCUGAGAGCAAGACAGCCACCAGAUAAUAUAGCCUAGCUUAGUGUAUCAGGGCUAUCUAUCCAUCAGACUAUCCACACUGCACUUCACACACCCCUUUAUCUACUGUAUGUCAGAGUAACUCCACGACCUCAAACGUUUGUGCGAAAACGCUAUGUUUCAACUCUCAUCUUAAGAUAACAAAGAGGUGUCUGCUUCUAAUCACAGUUAAGGCCAAAAACAAAACCAGUAAUAGGGAGCACCAGGCAGCGGUGUGACCCCCAACACCACAGACUAGGGAAGUGGGUGUUCGUUACCUCCUUCUGCAGCUGAGGCCUCCCUGCACCAGUCUGGGAACUUGUUCCUUAGCAGGGUUCGAAUUACACAUUGACUCUUGGGGCUCUGCACGUCGAUGGUGCCCAACGUCCAUAUCGUUGACAAUUGUCGGGUGCCUGAUUUGUUAUGGGGUUCCCCUAGCCUCCCCUAGCCCUCCUGUAAUUCGAACCCUGAUCCUGGGGGAAUCUAAUGAAGUCUGACUCAGUACAACAGCCCUCAUAUGCCUUAAUAAGACCUGUUCUAAGACCAGUUCUUGUCUACUACUCCCAUCACUAACGCUUCCAGGGACAAAACAACAACUGCAACGGCAGAGCAUCAGCCUCCUCUGAUCUCACUCUCUAGUUUGCUUAAAAAAGUGCUUUAAAUUAAAAUGAUUAUGUGUGUUAUGAAAAUUGUAUAUAGCUAAAUUAUAGGAUUCACUUUAUUUAGGUCAGACCACGGAUAGUAAUUUAGGUAACGCUUUAUUUGACUUCCUUCUUAUGAAGAGUUGUAAACUGUUAUAUUGCGUUAUAAGCAUUCAUAGCGCCUUAUAUAUUAAGUCAUAGAGCAUUUUGAAACUGUACAAUAAAGCAAUAAGGUACCAGAGACUGUUGUAUAUCAUGAAUAUCUCUCUCAUGCCUUAUUACUUGGUUGUCAAGUUUCACAAUGCUCAAUGACUGCAUCUAUGAGAUUCUAUUAAGGUUUUUAAAGCAUUAUAACACUUUACAAGGUGCUUCAAGUAAAGUUACCGUCAUGUACAUAAGAAUCAGAUCUGGAUUGGUGUGCAGUUUACACUUGGCAUUAUUAUUUCUCUCUCACAACCAAUCAGGGACUAUCACAGCUGGUAAAUCUGCAUUUGGAAUGAAAACCUGUGCCGUAUCUACUGUAUGAUAACCGCCAUAGAGUAGUAUACAGUCUCAUAAAGCCCUAUGAAUGCAUCUAUAAAGUGCUAUGAAUGUGUUCAUUAGACAAUAUAACGCUUCAUGAGGAGCUGCUUCAACUGUUGCGAAAUGUUUCAUACAGUAGGCCAAUAUUUCUAUUUGAAGUAAGGGUAACACUUUAAAUUAACGUACCUUUAUUGUAAAGCGUUACCGAAAUAAGUGUCAUUAUUCCUCUGUCUUUUUCAUUGAGAUAGAAAAGGAUUUUGAGGGAAUCGAAAUGAAUGCAUAAAGUCGAUGUACUUGUGGCUUUGUAAUGGUCGCAUGUGUUCUUGUCACCUUGGGAGGAAUUCACUGGAUGUACCCAGAGGUUAACAGUACAUCCCUAAUGGCACCUUAUUCCCCAUUUAGUGCACUACUUUUGACCAGAGCCCAUAGGGAGUAGUUUGCCAUUUGGGGUGCAUAUUCAAUCAGAAACACAUUUAAAGAUAGAUACUGUGGAAUGUGUCCAAAUUAACAUGAUUUCUGUUAUUUUUGUAUUGGGGACUGUACGUUAUUUAUAAUGAGGGAUACCUGGAGGAAAUCUGACCUCUCUGAAAUGAAAAUAGAUGGCCCUCCGUUCAGUAAAGAAAUGUGCGCGCUUGAAAAAUAACAAGUGACCCGCCCCUAUACCCAAAAUAAUAAUAAUUCAAACAAAGUGGAUAGCAGAGAACAUGCCUAACGUUUACCCUCACUCCUAGGACAGACAAGAGCCUUAGAUAUGCAUUUUUAGAUAUGCAUGUUCUUUGUUUCGUAAGCAUUACAUGGCUAAGUAGCAAGGGUGGCGGGCCAGGAGGUUGUGGGUUUGCAGACCACCACGGACAAGGGUAGUGGUGAAAAGCUCUCCUUUAUAAUAAAAGCACUGCAUGAAUCUAUCAUCUUAUUUGCAGGUCUGAGAAAAAAUAGCCUUUUAUAAACGCAGAAGCAGAAUCUCUUUUAAUACCACAACAGAGCAUGACAACGAAUGAGCGCAUGCUGCAGCACAGGAGACAUUUUGAUUUCUAUACGCUAUUGUUAAAAAAAAUUGUAUAAUCUUACAUUUGGAACAGUGCUAAAGUUGUCUAUCAACUGUCAAAAUUCAGCGCAACCGAACCAGUUACAACUGAAGUAUCGGAUCAUCAGUGAAUUCAAGAAAAAUACAUUUGUUUUUUUAACACAGCAGCCGCAUAUCAUCAGGUAGGCCUAUAUGCACUUGCAACUUUUUUUCAUUUGUGAAACUAUCAUUUUCUAAUUUAUUCUAUUUUAUUCCAUCAUAUUGUUGUUACAAAAUAGAUUUGUGUUGACUGUGAUUAGGGCAUGGGAAUAUAAGAGUAUCUGCUAGGCAAAAUUAACAAACUAGGCAUACAUAGCUCACCGCAUGAUCCUCAAACCAAAGACUGGCCAAACUUUUUUGUUUCAUUUGAUAUUUAAUUCUAAGUAAUUAUUUUAUACACCCUUAAUGCAAAAUGUAUAGGCAUGUUGUUGAAGUGCUGUUGUUGAAAUGCUGAGCACUCCUACCUGCCUGUAGCGUGUCACAAAUCCUUCACAAUGUAUUACUUAAAUGGCAGGCUAGAGCCUUGAAAUAAUAAUAAUAUAGCCUUAAUAAUAAAUGUUCAAUCAAAUAUAUAAAGCCCUUUUUACAUCAGUACAUGUCACAAAAAAACAAAAACAAGCCUAAAACCCCAAAGAGC